CGCGGCUGCUGUGGCGGCGGCGGCAGGGCCUGAGGUGGGAGGUUGCAGUAAAAUUCAGAGACUCUGUUGACAACUUUCUGCCACCAUGGGGGAGCUUUUCCGCAGUGAGGAGAUGACUCUGGCUCAGUUAUUUCUACAGUCAGAAGCUGCUUAUUGUUGCGUCAGUGAAUUAGGAGAACUCGGGAAGGUUCAGUUUCGUGAUUUAAAUCCAGAUGUGAAUGUUUUCCAACGGAAAUUUGUGAAUGAAGUUAGAAGAUGUGAAGAAAUGGAUCGAAAACUUCGAUUUGUUGAAAAAGAGAUAAGGAAAGCUAACAUUCCCAUUAUGGACACUGGUGAAAACCCAGAGGUACCCUUCCCUCGGGACAUGAUUGAUUUAGAGGCCAAUUUUGAGAAGAUUGAAAAUGAACUGAAGGAAAUCAAUACAAACCAGGAAGCUCUGAAGAGAAACUUCCUGGAACUGACUGAAUUAAAAUUUAUACUUCGCAAAACUCAGCAGUUUUUUGAUGAGAUGGCGGAUCCAGACCUGUUGGAAGAGUCCUCAUCCCUCUUGGAGCCAAGUGAGAUGGGAAGAGGCACGCCCUUAAGACUUGGCUUCGUGGCUGGUGUGAUUAACCGGGAGCGCAUCCCUACUUUUGAACGCAUGCUUUGGCGAGUGUGCCGAGGGAAUGUGUUCCUGCGACAGGCUGAAAUCGAGAACCCCCUGGAGGAUCCUGUGACUGGUGACUACGUGCACAAGUCUGUGUUUAUCAUUUUCUUCCAAGGUGAUCAGCUGAAAAACAGAGUCAAGAAAAUCUGUGAAGGGUUCCGAGCCUCACUCUAUCCCUGUCCUGAGACACCACAAGAAAGGAAAGAGAUGGCUUCCGGAGUCAAUACCAGGAUUGAUGAUCUCCAAAUGGUUCUGAAUCAAACAGAAGAUCACCGCCAGAGGGUUCUGCAGGCAGCUGCUAAGAAUAUUCGAGUCUGGUUCAUCAAGGUGCGGAAGAUGAAGGCUAUCUACCACACCCUGAACCUAUGCAACAUAGAUGUGACUCAGAAGUGCCUGAUUGCAGAAGUCUGGUGUCCUGUCACUGAUCUUGACUCCAUCCAGUUUGCACUCAGAAGGGGCACGGAACACAGUGGUUCCACUGUACCCUCCAUACUGAACAGGAUGCAGACAAAUCAGACUCCCCCAACCUAUAAUAAAACCAACAAGUUCACAUAUGGCUUUCAGAACAUAGUAGAUGCUUAUGGAAUUGGGACUUACCGAGAAAUAAAUCCAGCUCCAUAUACCAUCAUCACUUUCCCCUUUCUCUUUGCUGUGAUGUUUGGAGACUUUGGCCAUGGCAUUUUGAUGACCCUUUUUGCUGUGUGGAUGGUGUUAAGGGAGAGCCGGAUCCUCUCCCAAAAGAACGAAAAUGAGAUGUUUAGUACUGUGUUCAGUGGUCGAUAUAUCAUUCUGUUGAUGGGCAUAUUCUCCAUCUACACUGGCCUCAUCUACAACGACUGUUUUUCCAAAUCUCUUAAUAUCUUUGGGUCAUCUUGGAGUGUACGGCCGAUGUUCACUAUAUAUAAUUGGACGGAGGACACACUUCGGGGAAAUCCUGUUCUCCAGUUGAAUCCAACUGUCCGAGGAGUUUUUGGUGGACCAUACCCAUUUGGCAUCGAUCCGAUCUGGAACAUUGCAACCAACAAACUGACCUUCCUCAACUCCUUUAAGAUGAAAAUGUCUGUUAUUCUUGGUAUUGUCCAUAUGAUGUUUGGAGUCAGCUUGAGCCUUUUCAACCAUAUCUAUUUCAAGAAGCCCCUGAACAUCUACCUUGGAUUCAUCCCUGAAAUAAUCUUCAUGUCCUCUUUGUUUGGCUACUUGGUUAUCCUUAUUUUUUACAAGUGGACAGCCUAUGAUGCUCAUUCAUCUGAGAAUGCACCAAGCCUUCUGAUCCAUUUCAUAAACAUGUUCCUCUUUUCCUACCCGGAAUCAGGUUUUCCAAUGCUGUAUUCUGGACAGAAAGGAAUUCAGUGUUUCCUGGUAGUGGUGGCCCUACUAUGUGUACCUUGGAUGCUGUUGUGUAAGCCACUGAUCCUUCGUCAUCAGUAUCUGAGGAGGAAGCAUUUGGGAACUCUCAACUUUGGUGGGAUCAGGGUGGGCAACGGACCAACAGAGGAGGAUGCUGAGAUAAUUCAGCAUGACCAGCUCUCCACCCAUUCAGAGGACGCGGAAGAGGCAGUAUGUGCUCUUCAUGAAGUCUGGAGAGGCUCCUUUGCUGGCAUCAAGGACAUCCUUUGUUCCUGGACCGCUCGUCUGUGCAGUCGCUGGGUCGAGUUCCAGAAUAAAUUCUACAGUGGGACCGGUUUCAAGUUCCUGCCCUUCUCCUUCGAGCACAUUCGGGAAGGGAAGUUUGAUGAGUGAGCCCCCGGGAGGGGCAUCUGCCCCAGGUACCCUCUCUCCACCGUGACUAGCUGUGUUCCCUUUUGCCUGUUGUGAUCCCUGGGCACCAGGGCCCUGUGUCACCCUUACUAUCCCUGCCCCAGCUGUGAGUCAUUUAGCUAGAGCUGGCCUUUCCUGGGCCUCUCACCACCCCCAGAUUUGUAUGUCGUGUACAGAUUUCCUAGAGAGAAGCUGGUUCUGGCAGUCAUGCCCACAGGGCAUCAGCCUUGUCCUCCUAGCUUCCAUCCAGCCACAGCUCUUUGCCCUCUGGUGGCCAGCCAGUCUGUGGAUCCACUUGGAUGUGCAGAGCCCUCUAGGCUGCUGGAUGAAGUAACCAUGUGUUCAUAUUGACCCACCCCUGCUCCUGCUAUAGGAGUUACUGUAAGCCAGUGGAGCAGAGCAUGGCAAGUUCUCUGCUAGAAGACAAUGCUCUUUACCAGGUCCCAAUCAGGUUAGCAAGGGUGGUCCAGGAAGAUGGUGUUUUUGUGCUGUUCCCCAGACAUGCCCCACUCCCAUGCUUGUUAAUCAGGAAUUGAGCUGGCCCCAUCAGGACCAGCAUGAGUUGGCCUCUCCCUUAGGAUCCUAGGAUUCCCCAAACCAACUUCCUAACCAUCCUUACAUACCCCCCUCCUCCUCUUCCUCUCCUCUCCCACCUUUCCUCAUUCAGCACAGCGUAGCCCAGCUGGGAGCACACAGGACGGAGGUCCUGGAUAGCUUGCCAGCAUAUAACUUCCCUUCCUUGGAUGCUGCCCAGAGGGCACCAGGGCCCUGCCCAGCAGGGCAGAGGGUUCAGAUUGACUUUCCUGGUGGAGCCCCUGAGGUGUUCCCCAUGUCUGAUCAGGAAUUUUGAGUGCAGGGUUGGAAUCAUCAAGGCUGGUUCUGCUGGCAGGCCUGCCUUAGUCUGCCCACCAGUCCCCCUUCCCACUCCCACAUUGAGUCCUGCUCUCCCAAAUGGCGUCUGGGCAGGGAAGAUCAGCGUUACAUACAGUUUGGUUACUGAAGGUGUCUAGCAGGACCGCCAGUGCCUAUGCGGUGAGACCUGCUGCACAGCCCUGCCGAGGGACCGCGCCAGCACCCCCACAUCCCAGUCUAUGGCUGUGGAUCUUAAUCAUGUGCUGCUGCAGCGGCACUGACUGUUCCAGCUAAAUCAUCUGCACUUCCUCCCCUGGAAAGGACUCCACCGGCCUGUAAUCUCCUCCCACCCAGCUGUUCCUGAGUGAGCUACUGAGCUGCCCAGUACUCUGCCAGGCUGAGAUAGGCACUGGCCCAGCUUCACCAGGCACUGGCUCACUGGGAGCUAACCCAGACCUUGUACAGAGUCCUCUCCCCUCUGGUGCCUGGUUUACGUGGUGCCCUUUGCUCUGUUUACAGUGUGCUUUUCAGUGGAGUUCUUUGUCAGGGUCUUGCCCAGACCUUUUGUUAAUACCUUCCCAUGCUGAAUAAAGUGUGCUUGACUCUUCCCA